AUGUCUUACGUCAAAACCCGGGGCAUCAAAGUCACCCACAAUGGCAUCGACUUCAUGUACUCUGGCAAUGGUCUCCUCCGCCUCGGCUACAAGUUCGACGGGGAUACCGUCACCCACGCCCGCCACUACAAGACCGGCACGGUCAUGAAAGUCUACAAGGCCGCCUCCAAGAAACCCCGGAAUUGGUGGCGAGCCCAGUGCGCUUUCCGUGGCGUGCCGGAGGAUGGUGAGAACGAGAUGCUCUGGAAGUUGAAGGGAGCCGCGCCGAACGUGGUGCUGCCGGAACUUGUCGAGUUGGAAAAGGAGGCGAAGGCGAGGUGGGAUGCGAACCAUGACGCAGCGGUCAAGCGCGAGAAGGCUAGGAGAGAGAAAGCGAAACGGAAGCUCGUGGAUGAGAAGGUUAGGGCUUUGAAAGCUGCAUUGCUAGAUGGGGAGUCCGGCCAAGAGGCUCUCGUGUACAAGAGCGACUGGGACGCCGUUGAGGAAGCGGCAGAGUCCCUUGGGUUGGUUGUCGAAGGCUUCAACUGGGCUCAGCUUAGGAGGGAUUUCCCAUGUGAUCAAUACUACGCCUUGUGCAUUGUCGUUGGAACGAGCGAGCGCGCAGUGGACGCCCAGCUGGCGGUUCUCCGGCAGGAAGAGCAAGAUCUUAUCGAGGUUAAAGAGAAGGCCGCACGUGAGCGAGAGCAGGCGGAGAAACUACGAGAGCAAGCUGAACGCGAGGAGCAAGCCCGUAGAGUUGCCGCCGUUGCGAAAGAGUCGGAAAAGAACGGUACAUGGGAUGUCACUGGUACCUGGAAAAUCUUCUCGGAUGCUAUCGAGGAACAAUACCCCGUUUGCGAAGGAUGGAUGCGAUUCGAAACGCAAAACAAAGCCGUGAAAGCAAAAGAUGCUACUGCCUCCACAGGUCAGAAACGAAAGCGCCAGGAUGAUUCCGGUGACGAAGAUGACGACGAAUGGGCAUGA